AUGCCCGUCACUCCGCUUUCAGACCGAAAGAUGGAGGUCAAUUAUGCCAUCGACUUGCUUAAAGCUCAUCAAAUCCGUCGAGAAAAUGCGUUGCUGCACGAGCAGCUCAAAACCUGUGUCAAAGAGCUCACAGCUCUGCGUGAAGAGAUGCGAGAGAUGAAGGCCAACCGCCUGGCUGCGGUCGAAAAUGAGCUCAAACCCAUCAAGGAAUCAAUGGACAACGUCAUGAAAGUCACGGUUCUCAUGGAAAGGCAUGAAACCCAACUCAAUGACCAGACUUGUGAGAUACAGGCUCUCCAGCAGUUGUGCAAAACAAUGCAAACCGAGACCUCACAUAUCAAGGCUUCAUGUCGCGAGACACAGGAAAACCAGCAGACGCAAAUGACCAUGGUUGAGAGGCAGAUUGGAGCAGUGCGUACUGCAUGUGAGAACCAAGCUACUGCGCAAGAACAACAAGAUCAACAGACCCUAGCUUCCCUGGAAAACCUGAAAAGCGCUCUUGAUGGCAAGGCAGACGCAGGACUCGUCAAACUGCUGGAAUCUCGUGUAAACGAACUCUCGAGGGACCGAAAUGCUGGCGCAGUUGCAGUUGCAGUUGACUCAGUCAGCCACAUUUCAGAUACUGCGGAGCGCAGUUCCCCUCUUCAUGAGCCAGAUGAGUCGGUCCAGGUUCAGGAUUCCCAGCAUGGAAACCCCCAACGCCACGAACCCUUUGGCCGUCCUGUCCCUCAACAGCCUCGAGAGAUGACGGUGCCCGACGAUCUCGACCUCGACGCCAACGCCCACACAAUCAGCUAUGUUGGCCAUGAGUGCCGUGUGCCGGAACAGAAUGACUCCUUGAAGAUGUUGUCGCCGUCCACCGGACAGGCUACCCAGCUCGCGGAGAUCAAAACCCUGCGACAGAGAAGAUUCGACGGCUGGGAUACCUACUACAACCAAGGUCAGAAACUUGUGCAAGCCUUGCCGCAGGACUUUGAAGGGAUAAUCGUCCGCAACUUUGUGGACGGGCUCUUCAAAGAUACCCACAGAAAGCAAUGUCAGCAGUGGCUCGACUCGAGUGCAUGGACCUGGGCCAACGUUACCCUCUUUGGCAAUUUAUGCUCACAGCUUCUCGCAGAGAACGCAUCAAAGGAAGCAAUGGAGACUGAGACUUCGGCGCGCCCAAGACAGAUAGGUGCGGCACUUGCUGCAGUUAGCAAAUCGGGGCAUGAUGCGGACGGCGUGAAAAACAAGAAAAGGAACAGAGGCAAAGUACAACUAGGCAAUGUCGAUGCACCGCUGCGGCGAAGCCAGCGCGUGGCCGAAAAACAGAAUCACACCAUCUCAAAUAUGGAACAGCAGCGCGAGGUCAAUUCGAAACUCAUGUCGCUCGUUCACAGUGCAGAACGAGACAUCGCCCAGGAAUCGAAGCCCAAGAACAAGCCUGGUAAUGUCCGCACUAGGACGCAGAAACAACCGCAGUCUGCCAAUGCCACCGAACCGCGAGCUCGUCUGCGAGAACCCGAGAAAGAGGCUGAAAAAACCCAAGGGCUGGUGGCCAUUGCUCGGUCGAUAAAAGGUGCAACAGUCCGGGCAGAGGGCCUCAAGAGAACUGCUUCCGCCGUUGAAAUUGAGCCCUCAGUAAAGCGGUUGAAAUCUCGCCCGACGGCUUGGACCGGAGACCGUCACGACAUCUCAAUCCCACAGCUUGUGGCAUUUCGUGAACGAAACGGGAAGUCCGUGGAAGAGAGCAGCAACGACGAAGGGUUUUUGUAUAAAGCGAACGUCUCCAAGCCUUCAAUUUCCAUAGGGGCACGUCAACGGACCGGGCACAAGAGAGGACUUCCUCUGCCACCGCCACCAGAGAUUCCUAUUCUACCUACCUCAGACGAAGAGUAG